CGGAUGCUGCUCGCGGCCUCCAGCUCGACACAAAGGGAGUUCAUAGUGGAUUCCAUUGGGAAGAAGUAGAUCAUCGCCAGGCGUUUCUCUAGUGAUCUUCUCUCCGUUAUACGAGUAGGUUAGCGGCGUCACCUCCGGGAUGAAUCCACCAAGCGUCCGCGCCUCCGUGGAUCUAAAUUAACCCGGAAUAUGAGCCGAAGACGAGGACCAUAAGGCGGCAGCAGCAGCGGCGGGUGUCUGGCUUCCUGCGGGAUUUUGUCCAGGCUUUUUUAGUUGUUUCUAUUUUUUUGACCCACCCCCGUGGACAUGGUUGUUCUAUGGAGCCCGGCCGAGCGGAGCUAGCUGGCUGACAGUCCGGCUAGCGCGACCUUCUUCCCCGGCGUUCGGAUGCUUGUGUAGCCGAUCGGCGCCCGGGUAAGGAGCCAGCAUGGGGGAGUCCAGCCUGGACGACGCCAACGUCAAGGUGGCUGUCCGAGUACGACCCAUGAACAGGAGAGAAAAGGAUUUAAACACUAAAUGUAUCGUGGAGAUGGCGAAGAACCAGACAAUCCUCCAUCCGGGCGGAGCUAACCUGGGCAAAGGAGACUCCAGGAAUCAGGCCAAGGUCUUCGCCUACGAUUACUGUUUCUGGUCGAUGGAUGAGACUGACAAGGAGAGAUUUGCUGGUCAGUUCCUGAAAUGAUCCAGUUCACACUGUAUUAAAAGCUCUAACAUUUUCCUAAUAAGAAAUA